AUGUACGGUUUGAAUCAUUAAAUGAAUAGGAGUCUUGAUGAUAAUGAUGAAACCUAAACUUUGGAAGAGGAGGUUAUGGAUGAUUAUUCACCUACUAAAUAAGGUUUUUAAUAAAAGUUAUAUUUAGAAAUACGUGAUUAUGCAAUUCAUUUGGGAAUGAAUUUACCUGAAGACAAUUAAUAUUUAGAUAUUGCAAAAGCUGGUCUAAAAGCAAAAUUACCUGAUGAAUGGAAGAUUUGUUCCAAGAGGGUUAAUGGGAACGAGUAAGUUUUCUAUAAGAACAGGGAAACUUAAGAAAUAGUUUAUGAGCAUCCUUGUGAUUUAAUAUAUUAAAAGAAAUAUGAAGAAGCAAAAUAGAUUGAUUUUUAAAAUCAAAAGAAAAAAGUAUUUAGAAUAUUAUAUUCCAGAAAUCGACUGGGAUUAAUAAGUUCAAAAAAGAUAUUGAAAAAUAUAGGGAACCAAAUUAUUUAGAUGGAAAUGAAGAAGCUGAAUCAUUUAUGGUGGAUUCUAAUGUUUAUUACGAGAAUAGAUAAAAUCAAGGUUAUGUAGUGUAGAAUCCAAUUUAAGUUUCAGCAACUUAGAAUUUAUUAUCAUAAGUUGAUUAAGAAUUUGCAAAGUAAGCUAUAGAUUAUGAGGAUGAAAAGAAGAAGGAUGUUAUUAAGUUGAAAGAGGAAAAUAAAUAGAAAUUGAAUAAAAUGGAAUUGAUAUUGAUGAAUGAGGCAGAUCCUGAAUUAUUUGAAUUUAAGGAAGAAUAUGAAAGAUAAAAAGAAAACUUAUCUAAAAAUGAAGAAGAGAAGAAAAGAAAGAUAAAAAGAAAAGUGGAAGAGGAAAUGGAAUAGUAUAUUAUAAAUUAGAAGAAUGUAUUAUAAAAAUAAUUAGAACGUAAUUUAGAGAAUUAUGAAUAUGAAUAAGAGAAAACUAUAAAGAAUAAAUUAAGAAUUUUGGAAUAAGAUUUAUAGGGAUAAUAAAAGGAUAUAAUAAAAAGAAUUAAUUAAAGAUAGAAAGAAUUAUCUGAUUCUGAUUCUAAAUGGAUGAAAUAAAUAUAAGAGAAAAAAAAGAAUGUAGAGAAUUAAUUAAAUAAAUAUAAAAAGGAAUUGACUUAAGAAAUUUAUUAAAAGAUAUAAUUAAUAGAUUAAGAGAAUAUAAAAAGGUUAAGAACAGAAUAGGAAGUUAUAAAGAGAAAAUUAAUUAAUGAAUUUGAUAAAGUUAGGAGAGAAUAUAAAUUUGAAAUUGUAGAUUUAUAAGAAGAAAAUUAAAGAAUGAUGAGAUCAAUAAAGGAAGAGAUGAAGAGUUAAUAUGAUCCAAAAUUUAGUUAAAUUUAAUAGAUAUUUAGUGAUUAAUUGUAAAAUAUUGAAUUAAGUGAAUCAUAAAUGUUAUAAUCAUAAAUAUAUGAUUAUAAAAAUUUAGAUAUAGAAUCAAGAAAGUAAGAAAAUAUUAAGAAGAUUAAUUAAUAAAAGGAAAAAUUAAUUUAAUAACUUUAAAAUUAAGUUAUAAAUUUAGAGAGAUAAACUAAUGAGAAAUAUUAGGAAAUGAAGAGAAAAUUAGAAGAAACAUAAAGAUUAAAAUUAGAAAAGAUAUAAAAAGAUUUUGAGAAGAAAACAGGUAAAAUAUUAGGAAAUGGAAAGGAAAUAGAUUUAUGUAUGGAAAUAAAUUAAACAAGAAGUUUAUUACAUGAAUUGAAAGAGGAAAUAAAAUAAUUUAAGAGAAAGAAAAUUGAAGCUGAAGAGAAAUUAGCAAGUAUGAAUAUUGUUGUUUCAAAAUAUGAUUUAUAAAAUGAAUUGAAAUAAAAGGAUGUUAUUAAAUUUGAAUUGGAUCGUUUAUAAUAUUUAGUAAAUUAAUAUAAAUAGGAUGAUAAAAUAGCAGAUAAGGAAUUAGAAUUAUUAGAAUAAUAAUAUUAAUAGAUGAUAAGAAAACAUUAAGAAUUUUAAUAGAAAUAAUAAACAAUGUAAAAUAUGAUUUAGAGUGUUAAUGAAUUAAGAGAAUAAUUAGCAUUUAAUUAAAGUAGUGAUAAUUCUAAAUUUUAAAGCAAUCUAUUUAGACCAAAUAAAAAUUAUGGAACUGAAAUUAAUAUAUAAAAUAAUCUAUCAAUGAAUCAAAGUGUUGUAAUUGAAGAGAAUGCUGUAUAAAUGUAAUUAAUAUUUUAUAAUAAAAUUUUAGGCGUAAAUGGAAAUUAAUAUUAUUGGAUGAAAGAGUGGCUUUAAAUAGAGAAUAAUAAUUAUAUAAAACUGAUAAGGAGAAAAUAAAAUAAAUGAGAAGAAAAUUAUUAAUAGAUUCUGAAUAAUUAAAAUCAUAAAUAGAGAUGGCAUAAUCAUUUGAUUAAAAUAAUAUGAAAAAAGAUUUAAUUAAAAAACUUAAAUAAGAAAUUAAAGAAUAAUAAAUAAAAAUUACAGAUGAUACAGAAAAAUCAAAUAGUUGGAGAUAAAUAUUAAAAUAGAAAUCAAAAACAUUAGAUUAAAUGGAAAAGAAUAUAAAUGAUACUAAUCCUCAACCAGAAUUAUUACAUUCAUUAGAAUAAUUAUAUUUACUCUAUAGUAAAAUAGGAGAAUUAGAACUUAAUGAUGAUAUGAUAGAAUAACAGAUUUCAAACAAUAAUGAAAGUUAUUUCAAUUAAAUAAAAAUAAUUUCAGAGGAACCAUCUAUGUAAUAGGAAAUACAAUAAUAGAAUUAUGAUGUAGCCAUGCCAUUUGAACAACCUAAAGUAUUACAUUUUGAAUAACCAGAGAAUCUAUAAAAAUACAGAAUGUAAUUAAUAUAAUAAAAAGAAUGGUUUUAAAAUUAUAAGUAUAGAGUAAUAAUUAAACAAUAUUUAUUAGGUUCUUGCAACUAAUCCUUAUAGUAUAGAUUCUAGAGAAAGAUUUUAAAGGUACUAAUAGUUUCUACAUUGCAAAGUAUGAAAUAAUUUAUAUUAUUAUAUUUAUUUUUUUAAAACGGAAUGAAGUUAAUUAUGUUAUUCAUCAUCGGAUUAGGUUUUAUUAGUGCAAGUCUUAGUAAGUACUUUAUUCUAUUUAGUCAGGAUGAGUAAUUCUGAAGAGUUAUCUUUAGAGCCUGCAUAUUACAAGCCUAUGAAAAAAUAAUAGGAAAUGAUUAAGCAAUAAGUCUAGAAUACUAAAUAUUAUGAGUCAAAAGAUGGAGAACCUUCAUAAAGUUUUGAAAUGGAAGAUAAACUUUUAGAAGCAAGUGAUGAAUAUGGUUAUGGAUAUUGGGUUCGUUUUUCUGAAAAUGAAAAUUAAGACACCUUGAAAUAUUAUUUUCUUAGUAGAUUAACUACAAAUAAAGAACAUGGAGAUUUAACUUAUUAUGGGGAUAGAACAUUAAGUGUAUUUUUGUAUAAGAAUGUGUUUGUUUUUGCUACAUAUGAUUUGGAUGAGAAUCUUAAAUCAAAAGAAAGACCAGUCAAAUUAUAAGAGAAUAUUAAUGGAAAUUGGUAUUUUGUAUGUUAUUCAAAAUAAAAAUCAGAGAUUGUAGGUUUUUUAGUUAAAUUUGGAGGAAAUUAUAUAUUAAGAUUUGAACAAUAUGGUAGACAUAAACCUAGUAGAUAUUAUAAGGUAAUAUUUGGUGGAUCUGAAUUUGAUUAUUUGAGUAUGCCAGGACAAUUUGCAAAUAUCUAUUUUGAUUUUGAUGAACCUGCUUUUAUAAAUACAAAUGAAGAUGUAAUCAAAUUAAUAUAGAAACAUUGUAAUAUGCCUUAAGAAUUAUUAAAAAAGACUACAAUAAGAUUAAUUGAAGAAACAAAAGAUUUUUCAGCUAAUAAUAAAGAGGAUACAAUAUAAAUGGAACCCUUUGAUAAUGAAUAUAUUAUAACAUAAUAUUCAGUGAAAGGAUGGUUUCGUUGGGUUGAUAAUAUAUUGGUGGAAGAAUUAAAUUAAUUUUAAAUCUUUAAUUUAAGGAGUAAUAAAGAUAAGAGUGAUAAAACUGGAGAUAGAGCUUUAGAAAUUCAUUAGAUUAUUGGAGGUGGAUCAGAAAGUUAAAUAUAUUUUAGUACCUAUUCUAUAAUUGAAGAAUAAAUAAGAAUUACUAAAUAAUUGAAAUCUAAUUAACUUGUUUGGACCUAUGCAUAAUUUAGUUAUGACAUUGGUAGUUUAAGAGCUUUUGGAUACUUGAUAUAUCCAGGUUAUGCAUAGAGUGUAGAAUUUAAUGAAGUAUAACAUAAAUAAGUGACUAAAUUAUUCUUGACUAUAGGAGCAGAUAAUGAGAUAUCAAGUUUUAAUGGGAAGAUUGCUUAUAUAUAAUUAAAUGUAGGACCAAAAUCAUAUAAUGAUAAAAUGUUAUUGGAUGAUGAAGGAGCAUUAAAUUUAUAUUUGAGAUCUAAAUUAGUUUCUUAAGAAGAAGAUAUUAGACCAAGUAGAUACAAUUAAAUAUAACCAGUGUUUUCAUAAAUGUAUGAUGAUGAAAAAGUAAAUGGAUAGAGUGAAUAUAGUUUUGGAAUGUGGAGUAGAUGGAUACGCACAUAUCCUAUUUAUUUAUAGAAGAGAGCAGAAAUACAUUCAAUUGCUCAUUUAAAAAGAUAAUAUAAAUAAGUCAUAUUAGAAAUAUAAAUAACUAAAUAAUCUUAUUUAUUUUAAUCAUUAGAUGAGAUCAAAAAUAUUGAAUAUUAAGAGUUAGAAGGAUUUUGGGUUUAUUUAUAUUUUGGAUAUAAUAGAUUAGAAAAUAGAUCUUUAGGAGUAGUGAAUAAAUUGGGAAAGGAUUUUUAAUCUAUUGAAUUUAAUAAUUAACAUGAAUUGAUAUUAGAUUCAAUUGAAUUUUAUGUAGGUAAACAUCAUACUCCUUUGUUUAAUGGAGAAUUUGCAAAAAUAUAAUUCCAAUUUGGUCCUCAUUCUUUUAGAUAGGAAAGUGAAUUAAAAGAAUUAGAUACUCAAGGAUUACCUUAUAUAAUUCCUUUGAAUUAAUAAACAAUUUAAUUGAUAGGUGCUGUUUAAUAAAGUCCAAUAGAUGAGAAAUAUGAAUUUGAAUAAUUUUAAGGUAUAACAGAAUAUAGUGUGUCAGGAUGGGUAAAAUUCAAUGGAAAAGAGAAAUCUGGUGAAUAAUAUCAUAUUAUAACAUUAACUUAAAGAACUUUAGAGGAAAGUGAUGAUUAGGCAACUUUAUAAAUAUUAAAAAAUGAUGUUAAUUAUGUUUUUGUUACGUAUACUUGUGAAAUUGAAUGUGAUAAAUAUUUGAAAUAGGAGAGUGGUUUUGGUGAAUAUUGGGAUUAAUGGACAUAUAUUUAUUUUGGAUAUAAAAAUUAUUAGACAUAUACUUAUAUUGAAUAUAAGUUUACAUAGAAUUCAUUCAUUAUUAAGGAUGUCAAUCAUUAUUAUAUGUCUGUAUUCUCUGUUCUAUUAGGAUAAUAGAGAAAAGAGUAUCUUUAAUAUACAGGGUCAUUGAAAUAAUGGGUUUUGAAUGUAGGUAAUGGUGCUUAUAGAGAAGGUAGUUAUGAAAGCGAAUAAUUAAGUAUCAAAGUACAUUUUGGAUAUUUAGCAGGAACAGAUCAUUUAACAUAGGCAUAAUAAAUGAAAGAACAUCCAGAAGUAUUAGAUUGUCAAACACAAUAGAUAAAGUUACAAUAAAGUGAAGAAUUAUAAUUAGAUGGAUUAUAUGAAUAUGGUUAUGGUUUAUGGAUUCAAUUUAAACAUUAUGCAAGUACUAUAAAUCUAAUAAAACCUAAAUUAAUGGGAAUAGCUAGAUUAUCAUUAUAAAACAUAGAUCAUUUAUUGAGUGUUGUAAUGAAUGUUGGAAAUUAUUAAUUCAUUUCUUUAGAAAUAUCAGAAUAAAUAAAUUAUACUGCUUAUCAUGAGAGUGAAUGGAUAUUUGUUUAUUAUGCUUAUUAAAGAUUAUAAUAAGAUGUUGGUGAGACUAUAGGAUUUAUAGUUGAUAAUAAUGGUAUUAGAUAGAUAAAAUAAAGUGUUUUACAUCCAUUAAUUAGAGAUCAUCUAAAUUUUUAAGUAGGUAGAGCAUCUAAAAAUUAUAUAUAAUUUAAUGGUUUAAUAACUGGAAUUAGAUUAUAUUUAGGAAAUGGAGCAUUGAUUAAUGAAGAAUAACUUAAACAAAUGAUACUUAAACUAAAUAGAAAACCUACACAAAUUUAUAUUGAUAAUGUAAUAACUAUUGUAGAAGAUAGAACAGAUAAUUAUAAUGGAGAUAAUCCAAUUCAUAUAGAAGGUAGUGCUAAUUAAUAUUCAAUGUAAAUGUGGUUUAAGAUGAGUUUGAAUUAAUUUUUAUAUAGGGUUACUCAAAAUGAACAUUUAAGUGAUAGAAAAUAUAUUGGAGAUCGUGUAUUUCAUUUAUAAACUUAAACAGAUAAUGUAGAAUAUAGUACAUAUAAUUUAUUAAAUAUGGAUGAAGUAGAUACUUAAGUUAUUUAAUAAUGUAAAAUAGAAUUAUAUCAUUUAAAUAUGUGGACAUUUUCAUAUUAAAGUUAUUCAAAAUAAGAAUAAAAGAUGAUAACAUAUUUAAAAAUAGAUGAUUAUAUUUGUUAAUAACAUAAAGAUAAUAUAAUUCAUGCAAUAAGUGAUUAAAUAUGGCUUUAUUUAAUGAAAGAUUUUAAUGAUUAACAUUCAAAUACAAUGAUUUCACAUAUUAAAUUAACUUUGGGAUAAGGAAGUUUUAUUGAUGAUAACUUUAUUAAAUUAUCAUCAUUUAUUGCAGGUAAUAGAUAAAUGCCAAAAAUCAUAAAGGAAAUUGAAAAUGUAAAAGAUUCUGAGACUUUUAUAUUUAAUGAAGUGGAUUCAAUGAGUGAAUAUGCUGUAUCAUUUUGGUGUAAAUUUAGUUCCACUUAUUCUGAAAGGAGAUAUAGAAAACCAGAAUAAUUCUAAAUAUUCAGAAUGACUACUAAUGAAUAAUUGAUUGAAGGUAAGAUUGAAUUAAAAGAUAGAUUAUUAAGUGCUUAUGGAUUAAAAGAUUCAUUUAGUUUUAAUACUUAUGAUAUUAAUGAUAAUGCUCCAAAUGAAUAUAGUAUUAUAUAAAUAGAUAGAUAAGAAAAUAGAUGGUAUUUCUUAUAUGCUGGUUACAAACGUAAAUUAUAAAUUGCUAAAUUUUAUGUGUUUGAUGGUAAAGAUGAAAAAUAAAAUUAAAAUUAAAAUUUAUUAUAAGAUCCUUUAAUUGAUUAUAUUAAAGUUAUUUUUGGAUCAGAAGAUCAUGUUAUUGGAUUUAAUGGACAAUUAUUAUAAAUUGCAAUUAUGAUAGGUAGUGGAUCAUUUGGAUAAAGUGGAUCAUUUUUAGAAUCUUCACUUUUAGAUUAUAUUGUUUAGUAUUAAAUUCCAGAAGAAUAAACAUUAGAAUAUUUAUAUAAAUAAAAAAAUGGAAUUAUAGAAUUAGAUCAUGAAUUUGAUUAACAUGAUUUUCAUAAUGUAGGAUCUUAUUCAAUUUGUGGUUGGUUUAAAUUAAAUUAUUCACCUCUUAGUAAAUAUGAAUAAGAAACAUCAUGUUAAACAUUGAUACGUUUAUAUGAGAAUGAAAAAUUGAAUGACAAAUUAAUUUAAGGUGAUAGAACUAUGCUUAUCUAAGUUUGUGAUUAAUAAUUUAUUAAAUUCUAAACUUAUACUUUAAAUGAAAUCUAAAGUAUUAAUGAACAUAAAUUAAUUGACAAUAUUAUAGAUAUGGAUUCACCUGUAAUUUGGCAUUAUGUUUAUAUGAGUUAUGAUGAUUUAGAAUAAAAUGUUUAAAUACUAUUGAAACAAUUCUAAUCUGAUGAAAUUAGAAUACUUAAUAAUAUAUGGCAUAUGGAAACAAAUUAUUUAGGUAUUCUAUUUGGUAAGGAUAUUGAUAAUAUUAAUUUUGAUGGUGUUUAAUAAUAAUGGUAAUUCUUAUAUGGUUAUAACUCUAUUUUUGAUUUAAACAAACCAUUCUACCAAGAUAAAUUACCAAAUUAUUACAAUAUCAAAAAUAAUUAAAGAGAAUUAUGGUUUUAAAGUGAUGACAUAACAACUGUUGAAUUUCAUAAUGCAGUUAAUUAGUAUGCAAUUGGAGUUUGGACAAGAUGGGAGGCAGAAUUCUAUGAUUGUAAAUAAAUUCAAUUCCAUAAUAUAUUUAGAUUUACAAGUAGAAAAUAAUAUGAAGAUAAAGCAUAAUUAGGAGAUAGAGUAUUAUUCUCCUAUAUUACAAAUAAAAAUUAUGAAUUUAGUUCAUAUAAUAAAAAAUAGAAGCUUACUGCUAUUAAUACAUAAAUACCAUAUGAUUUUAUUGAAGGAGAAUGGAAUUAUAUAUAUUUUGCUUAUAAUGAUGGUAGUCUUUAUGCUGCAGUCAUUCAUAAAUAAUCUUAAAAAGCUGAACAUACUAUUCUUAGAGAUAUUGAACAUGAUAUAUUAGGAUAUGCUUAAUUGAUUAUAAAUAAACCUGAAUUUGGAUUUUAAUCAUUUAAGGGAUAAAUAUAUGAUUUAAGAGUAUUUUUAGGAGAAGGAGCAUAUUUAGAUGACACUUAGAAAGUAGCUACUAUGAUCAAUAAAUUACAUAUGCAUUUACCAGAUGUAUAAUUAAAGGUUGAAGAAUUCAAAUGGGAAGGAUGUGAUACAUAAAUUGAUGAAGAUGCAUCAUUAAUUUAAGAGUUUCCAUAUUCUGAAUAAACAGUAUAUUCAAUAUCUGGUUGGAUAUGGUUAUAUUCAAAGAGUGAAGGUGUUUUGGAUUCUUUAUAGGGAGUAAUGAGAUUAUCAACUGAUCUCAAUUUUAAUACAUUAUUGGUUUUAGCCAAAUCUAAUUAAGUAACUUUUGGAAGUUAUUCAUUUGGAAAGAAGGCAUUGCCUAUAUGGUAAAGUUGUGAUAUUGAUAUGGAAUAAUGGUUAUUUGUGUAUCUUAGUCAUCAGGAUGAUAUUACUCGAUUUUAUGUUAAAAGUGAGAAGGGAGUUUAAGAGUUCUCAAAUGUUUCAAGACAUGUUAUUCCAAAGAAUUUCAAAUUAUCUUUUGUAAAAUUUGACUCAUUUGAAAAAUUUGAUGUAUUAUUUAAAUGUUAUAGAUUAAUAGGGCAAAUUAAAAGGAGUACAAGUAAAGUGGCAUAAACCAUUAGAUGAACCUGAAGAUGAAUCUAUAGCUCCAGUGUUAUCACAUUAAUGA